AUGGUAUCUCCAGUCACCGUGGUCAAGAGCGAAGGCCCGAAGCUGGUGCCGUUCUUCAAAGCGACAUGUGUCUACUUUGUGCUUUGGCUGCCCACCUCCAGUCCCUCUUGGUUUAGUGCGCUGAUCAAAUGCCUCCCCAUCUUCUGCCUCUGGAUGUUCCUGCUGGCUCAUGGCGUCAGCUUCCUGGGGGAACACUCCAGUGCACGUAAAAUAUUGGCCGGGCUCAUAUUCUCAGCUCUGGGCGACGCGUUUCUCAUCUGGCAGGAGCAGGGAUACUUUGUACAUGGUCUCCUCAUGUUCGCCAUCACCCACAUCCUGUACUCCUCCGCCUUCGGGAUGAAGCCCACUAACGUGCGCGCAGGCCUGGUCAUCUCUCUGGUGUCCGCUCUGUGCUACUCCCUGCUCUACCCCUACCUCUCCGGCCCCUUCACCUAUCUCGUCGCCGUCUACAUCGCUCUGAUCGGGUUCAUGGCGUGGAGAGCGGUGGCCGGCCUGCAGCUCACCAACGACUUGUGGACGUGGACCAAGAUGUCGGCCUGCCUGGGGGCCGUGCUCUUCAUGGUCUCGGAUCUCACCAUCGCCGUCAACAAGUUCUGCUUCCCCGUGCCCUACUCCCGCGCUAUCAUCAUGGCCACGUACUACGCGGCGCAGAUGCUGAUCGCGCUGUCGGUCGUGGAAUGCCAGGACGUGGAAGUGAAGAAGAGAUUGUGA